AUGUUUGCUCAAGGCACACGUGCCCUCUUCUCUCUCGAAGAGACCAAGAGUCUCACCCUUUGUUGGAAAAUCUCUCUCUUAGCUCACAUAGAAAGCAGCAACCAAAAGGAGAGGGGGAGAAGCAGAUCGGUUCGGCUCAACCUACCACCCAGCUUCGCCUGUCACUCAUUGGUUCUGACCAGACCAAGUCCACCACUUUUGCUAACCCGAUCUCAUCAUAGCUGCCGACCCGAUCUCACCAUGGUUACCGACCAAACCUCGCCAUUGUCGCUGACUCGCUGGUUACAUCGCUGCCUAUCGAACCUUACCACUGUCAUCGAUCACGAUCAAGUCUCAACACCGACGACUAGACCUAUUAACCUCGGAAAAUGA